AUAUAUUUCUUGGGGUCAAGCAUGCCCCUUUUGACGAUUCAGCAGUCGUUUUUGAUAGAUCACUAUUCAGGGUCCAAAUCAAUGGUGUGAUUAGAAGAAAGAAAGAUCAAACAGCGUCAUUCUAUUUAUUUAGGGUUAUAAUCUUCUUGCCCAAAUCUCGUUGCUCUGGUCUUCCUUCUCUGAAACAUUCCCUCUUCUUCCAAAGAUAUUUAGAAGUACUGCAAAAUAAAUAUGGCAGCUAGACGAAAUGUUCGUUACUCUCCACUUUCUGUUGGUGAAGAUGAUGAUUAUCAUGGUGUUAGACAUGAUAGAAGAUUUGAGUAUAAACCUGGAGCUUAUGAUAAAAUCCCUUGGAGAUCCGUUGCUCUUGCGCUUUUCUUACUUCUUCUUGGAUCCUUACUUCUCUUUCUUUCCUUCUUCAUCUUCACUGGUCAUAUGGGGGGAGAGAAGUCGCAAGCUUAUGGUCUCUUGGCGCUUGGAAUCCUUUCUUUCAUGCCAGGUUUCUAUGAAACUCGGAUAGCAUAUUAUUCAUGGAGAGGUGUGAAGGGAUAUCGAUUCGCGUCCAUUCCAGAUUACUAAGAUUUGUAACUAAAUAGUAUUUGCAUAGCUGCCACUUCUAGGUUCUGUUGUUGCCACUGAUCUUGGAAUCUGCUGUACAGAAUCAUAUGCUUCUGUAAUUUUUACUUUGUUAUAAGCUUCCGUUACCGUUAUUUCCAGCAUGAAGUGCAGGAUUGUAAGCAUUCAUCUAGGGUGAAGAAGACUUUCAUACUGUUCAUCUUUGGUUUUACUGCAAACGAUAAUUAUUUGAUUGAA